AAAAGUUGUGAAAUCCAAACAACAGCAAUCAGGUUUUAAAACAGUUUACAAUUUGAUAAACUGAUAAGGAAGAGGUUGGCCCUGAUAAGGCACUUUUACAGACUAAGGAUCCACAGCAGAUGUAAGAUUGAAAAUGAACACAAUCACGAGGAGUCAGUGGGGAGCAAAGCCGCCGAAAACACCUCAGAAGAAGAUUGUGGGUAGUGUUUCCUAUGUCAUCAUUCACCACACAGGUGGAAGUCUCUGCUGUGCAGGAAAACCUUGCGCAGAGAUUGUACGCAAUAUUCAACACCAUCACAUGAAGGACAAGAACUAUGAUGACAUUGGGUUCAACUGGCUGGUUGCACAGACUGGUCAGGUCUACGAGGGAAGGGGGUGGGGAGUGGCUGGUGCUGCUGCGGAGGACUUUAAUGCCAAGGCUGUCAGCAUUAGCCUCAUUGGAGACUUCAAUUAUGAGAGCCCACAAAAGGUGCAGUUAGAGGCAGUUCACCGCCUGGUCAGAUCAGGAGUGGAGAAUGGGAAGAUCGACUCAUCUUACAAACUUCUAGGUCACAACCAGGUGAAGUCUACGCCCACGGACUGUCCUGGUACCAAACUGAGGGAACUUAUUAGAGAGUGGCCUCACUUCAGCCCCAAACCCUGAUCACUACGAAGACAAAUUGGGAAUGGUUUACUUCGGAUUGUAUAAAACAAAUAUAAACUAGUUAUUUUAACUAAGUAAAUCCUAUGUUGGUUAUUUAUUUUCCCGCUUUCUUUAUAAGGGAAAUGGAUAGGGUAGAUAAUAUUAAAUAACGUGUGCAAGUGAACUUGUUAUUGUAUGUACAAGUAGAGCAGCUGGAUAUUACGAUGGUGACUGUUACAUUUCAACCAUUCUUACCCUACUCUCCGUACCCAACAUUGUUGCCAGUUUUACAUGUAUAAAAAAUACUGAU